GUGCUCUCACCAACGCCUUCUGCCAUAUUAAAUAAAUGCGCCUCGUUCUGCAGGGGAAACAUCACUUCCGUCCACAAUUCUCGUGACCGGCUUGGUCCGGCCGGGGAUACAGCCAUGCCUGCCGUCCAUGAGGAUCCAGCAGCGCCAGUGAUAGCCAUUGACAGAGAGCUUCCGGUCACUAUCACGCCGCGGCAGGUUACUCUCAGAGAUCGAGUCACUGUUGCAACCCUGGUUCCUUUCUCCUCGGCGGACGAUGUGCCUCAAUCGCUGUUGAUGUAUCUCUCAGAUCAGUUAAAUAAGGAAAUAGAAAAGGGUGACACAUAUCCUAUGAUUGACGCUAUCCCAUUCAGCCAGUUUGGCCCGUAUUGGUUUUCCUACUUCGGUGCCAUCAUGCUUCUUGGAGACAUUAAGAGUGUGCAAGAGACCCAGGCUAUGGAUAAAGCCGGCACAGACUGGGCCAAAAUCUGUCUGGGUAGCUUCAACAUCAGACCCAAUUAUCCGGGCCGGAGUAGUCACAUCUGCAACGGCAUGUUUCUCGUCACAGAUUCUGUUCGAAAUAGGGGUGUAGGACGACUGAUGGGAGAGGGAUAUCUUGAAUGGGCUCCUAAGCUGGGCUUCACAUACUCUAUCUUCAAUCUCGUAUAUGAGAACAAUGUUGCUUCUUGCCGUAUAUGGGAUGCAUUGGGAUUCAAGCGAAUUGGGAAAGUUCCCGGUGGUGGUAAGCUGCGUUCUUAUCCGGGGCAGUUUGUGGAUGCUAUCAUAUACGGUCGGGAUCUGGGUCCUGAAGGGGAGGACUCAGUGACACAGGACCGUUUCGACAAGAUUAGGUACUACCUCAAGCAUUCGAAAUAUCCUAGGGGCGCUGAUAGAGCGGAGAAAAGUCGGCUCCGCAGUGCAGCCACACAUUACAAACUCGUUGGAGGGACGAACGGGGAACCAGAGAAACUAAUGUUGAAGGAUAAGGAAGUUGUGUCUGAUCCGCAGCAGCAAUAUGAGAUUGCCCAACGCGUUCACGUCAAGCAACAUGCAGGAAUCAAUAAAACGACGGCAGCCAUCGCGGUCAAGUACCACUGGGUCAGGAUCAAAGAGACUGUCAGCCGAGUCAUCCGGGAUUGCCCUAAAUGCAAGGAGACACUGAAAGCACCGAUCAUGCUUAAUGGGGUUGCUAAAGGCGAUGAUAAGCUCAUGCCGAGGGAAAACGACACUAAUCUGUCACCAACAGGCACGAUAGGCACAGGGCAUCUCAUGGAUGGCAAUCCUGUUGAUUCUUCUCAGAGUCAUAGCCAUAACCCCUUCGUGCCGCCGGCUAGCGUUCAAGAACCCGUAGAUUCCAUGAGCGACUAUACUGCCAUGCCCCUCGAUCCGCAAAUUAUCGACAUCAACCAACACCUGCCACGAUUCCAGCAUCAUGACACUAUUCCUGACCCCUACGACCAUGAUACCCACGGAUUACAGUCGUCUAACUUUGAUGUCGACGUACGGCAGCAUGCGACUAACGACUACCAAAUGAUGGUUGACGAUUCCGAUACAGAGGCUGGGGCGGCAUUACAUCGAGAAACGCUUGGACUUGUCAACCCGCAAGCAAACGAAGUACAACAGGAGCAUGAGAUUCUAGCCAAAUACGUGACGAGAUCCGAAGAUGACCUAGACUUUUCCUAGCAUUUGUUGGUUUGCUGGAUGCUUUGAAGAUAUCAUGUAAAAAAGGAUCCUGUUGAAGCUGGAGGUGCAGAUGACCAUGAGAUACGACAUAGUUAAUAGGCAGACAUACACAACCACAGAAUCAAAG